GCGCGUCAUCGCCGCGCGCCGGCAGGGGAGCGCGGCCGAUGGCGGCGGCGAUGGGGGAUGAUGGAGGGUGCGGGGCGGACACGGAGCCGGCACGGCGACGCCGCGGACCGGGACACAGCCACCCGCGACCCUGCGUGAAGUGCGGGCAGGGCUCUGCCGCCCUCGUCAUCCGCCUCGGGGACGCCUUCUGCCGUGGCUGCUUCCGCGAGUACUUUGUGCACAAGUUCCGUGCGACGCUGGGCAAGAACCGCGUCAUCUUCCCGGGAGAGAAGGUACUGCUGGCUCUGUCAGGGGGGCCGACCUCCAGUGCCAUGCUCCGGCAGGUCCAGGAGGGGCUCAGCCGCGAGACGGCCAAGAGGCUCCGCUUUGUCCCCGGCCUCAUCUACGUUGACGAGGGAGCGGUGCGCGGGCAGAGCCCGGCGCAGCGGGAGCAGAGCCUGGCCUGCAUGGAGACCUUACUGCAGGCAACCGGCUUCCCCUACCACCUAGCCCACCUGGAGCAGGCACUGGAGUUGCCCGCAUCCAUCUUACGGCCAGGGGGAUCCGGUGAGCCCAACCCCUCCUACAAGGAAGCCGUGGAGGGCUUCAUCCAGCAGCAGCGGCAGGAGGGGGACGGGGAGGGUGGCACCUCGUUGCCCGGCACUGGGGACACGCCGGUGGGGUCCCCCGACGCCCCCCGCUUGCCCCCAGCUGCCCUCACCCAGAAACUGCUACGGCUCUUCGAAGCCACGGAGACGUCGACGGCGAGGGAGGAGCUGCUGCAGAUGCUGCGGACCCACCUCAUCCUGCAGACAGCCCGGAGCAGGGGAUACGCCAAGGUGAUGACGGGCGAGAGCUGCACCCGGGUGGCCGUCAAACUCCUCACCAACCUGGCGCUGGGGCGCGGCGCCUUCCUGGCCGUCGACACGGGUUUCGUGGACGACCGCCAUGGCGACGUGACGGUGGUGCGUCCCAUGCGGGAGUACAUGGCCAAGGAGGUCGCCUUCUACAACCACUUCUUCGACGUCCCCACCCUCGUCGCGCCGCCCCUCCCCACCAAGCGCCAGGAGAAACCCAGCAUCCACCGCCUGAUAGAGCGCUUCCUCCUGGGGCUGCAGGAGGAUUUCCCCUCCACCAUCAGCACCGUUUACCGGACGGGUGAGAAGCUGAGCCCAGCUCCGGCCAAGGCGAGCGACGAGUCCCAGCGCUGCCUGCUCUGCCUGUGCGCCCUGGACAUCGCCGGGGAGGAGGAGUUGGCCCUGGAGCCCACGCUGAUCGUCGAGGAGCCAGAGCCGGUGGGGAACGGGUGCUGCCAGGACGCCCCGGCAGCGGGGGCUGAGAGCAGAGCUGCCUUCAUCCCACUGCUGUGCUACGGCUGCCGCCUCACCUUCAAGGAGCUGGGUCCCCUCGCCACGCUGCCGCCCUACGUGCGCGCCGAGGCUCAGCGCAGGAUCCGCAGUGCAGAGAUGAAGCAGCAGAGCCAGGAGGUCCCGCUGGAGGAUGAGGAGCCCGGCAAGAGCUGAAGGGGUUGGGGUCGGGGGACCACCCCAUCCCUAGGUGGGGGCACUGGUGGGGCAAGGUGCCACCCCCCCCAGCCAGCAAUGACCCAUAGGGUGGUAGGGAACCGGACUCCUGGCACCCAGGCAGCUGCUUUUACAGCCCAUUUUGGUUACAGCUGGGGGGCAGGGAGAGCCCCCAGCCCCCAUUUGGGAAGGGCCAGGGGUGCUGGUACCCCCUGGGGCAGCAGGUCCUCGGUCCCUGCACCCCCCUCCCUGCCCCAGCCACGCAUCAGCCAGGGAGGCCUCAGCUUUGUUUUAUUAGAUAUCUGUAUAAAUAAACCAUUUGAAUUAAUAAAAAAAAACAAAAACAAAAACAAAAAAAAAAA